AUGUUGACUGUAGGGAUUAACGGAUUUGGUAGAAUAGGAAGAAUGUGUUUGCGUGUUUGUCUAGAGCAAGAUAUCGAUGUUAAAUUAAUUAACGAUCCCUUCAUCCAAACAGAAUACAUGUUGUAUUUAUUUAAAUACGACUCAACCCACGGGACUUAUCCCUCGGCAAUGGAAUUUGAAAAAGCCGCCCUCAUUAUUGGUAAUAAAAAAAUAUCAACCUCACAGGAAAAAAAUCCUUUAAAAAUAAAAUGGAGUACUCAUGGAGUUCACUUUGUCAUUGAAUCAACCGGAGUAUUUACAUCGUUAGAAAAAGCAUCGAUGCAUAUAGACGGAGGUGCAAAAAGAGUUGUAAUAACAGCACCGUCAGUAGACGCGCCAAUGUACGUAUUUGGUGUGAACCAUUGUUGUUACAAUCCAAAAAAAGGUUCCGUAGUAUCAGCAACAUCUUGCACGACAAAUUGCGCCGCCCCGAUUGUAAAAGUGAUUAAUGACAAUUUUCAAGUCCUGGAAGCGAUGAUAACAAGUGUACAUGCGACAACUGCUACUCAAAAAACCGUCGAUGGACCAACAGGAAAGUUGUGGCGAGAUGGCAGAGGAUGUCUUCAAAAUAUAAUUCCUACAUCAACCGGCGCUGCCAAAUGUAUUGAAAAAAUAAUUCCUGAAUUAAAAGACAAAAUAUCAGCGAUUGCUUUUCGCGUUCCUGUUCCUAAUGUUUCGUUGUGUGACAUAACAUUUAGAAUAAAUAAACUCACGAGCUAUGACGAAAUUAAAACGGCGAUGAAAAAAGCCGCGGGUAGUCACCUCCAAGGAAUUUUGCAUUACACCGAAGAUGACGUUGUUUCGUCAGACUUUAAUCAUACGAAAUACUCGUGUGUAUUUGACGCAAAAGCUGGAAUUCCCCAGAUUGGUACUUUUGUUAAAGUUGUCGCUUGGUAUGACAACGAGUACGGAUACGCUAAUCGGAUUAUUGAUUUGAUACGAUUUAUGCAAGAUGUUGAUUCAGGAAAAACUUGUCCUCCAACUGAACAUCCUAUCGACGAAUCUUUUGCCGAAUAA